AUGUCCCAAAAUAUGCCCCAAAAUAUGCAAUCUCAAACUCCAAGACCAUCUUCUUCCUCCUCGUCCUCGUCCUCUUCCUCUCCUCCUCCUCCCCAUCAAACACACACAGCCACACCUGCUUCUGCUCCUCCUCCUCCUACUCCUCUCUUCCUCCGCCUUUAUAACAUAAACCGCAGGAUCCUCGAAGAAUCCAGACGCUCCAAAACCACCGUCGAAGGAGUAGGAAUCCCUGAAGAUCCAUCUUCAUCUCUCUCCCGCCCGGGUGCUUCUCAUAAUUACGAUUCGGAGGAUAAAGCCCUAUCACAGCAGCAGCAGCAGCAGCAGGCUACUUUCGCGACAUCAAAUACUACUACAGUAGGUGGUGGUAUCAAUAAUACCCCUUCACCGAAUAAUUCUUCUAUACCUACCCCGAGUUCUACGACUUCACCUUCUGAAGAAGAAGAAGAAGAAGGAGAAGAGAGCGAUCAAAGCUGGCAGGACGAUUGGGACCAUAUCGGUAGUGACAAUAGUAGUACCGGGCGGAGUGAUAACAGUCCUCAUUCCGAAUUCGAAGAGGUUGGAAUAGAAGAGCUCAGCAGUGAAGGAUUUAAUACACCAGAGAGUGAGGACAGUGGAGGCAUUGAUACGCCGGAAAGUGAUAGCGAGAGUAAUAGUGAUACCGGAGAAAUGACUGGAAGAGGAGGAGGAAGAAAAAGGGCAUCGUCGGGUGCUCCGAUGCCACCGCCGGGGUUGACGGGUGCUACCCCUUUACCGACGGAAUCGGAGGGCUCUGCUGCUUCUGGGGAGGGUACUUCCCAACAGUCGGGGUUUAUGGGGACGCAGACAGGGGAUAGUUCUUUUACUUUUACUGCUCCCACUUCUGGGGAGACUGCAGACACGGGCUCGGGUGCGGGUAUUGGACCACCAGUUGCAUCUUCAUCAUCAUCCUCUUCUCGAAGACCAAACCCCCCUCCACUCCCCCCUAGGCCAACGAAAGCAUUUACCCCGCAACAAACCGUCCCACAACCAGCCGACGAAGCCACAGCAUCCCCAGAGGGGCAAGCCCGUCUCCGUAUAGCCCCCGGUAUAGAAUCAACUAGACGCGUCCCGCCUUCUAUUCCAUUCGACAACCUGAAUAGACCAAUAGCCAUACCACGCCGCCCCCGAGCAACUCGUGCUGCAAGGGUCGACGACGAUGGCAGUGAUGACAAUUCAGAUAUAGAAAGUGAUCUAGGAAGUGUCCACACCUCAGAUGGAUACUCCGAUCUUGACUUCCAAGAACGAGAACACUAUGACGAUGAUAACGAGUCCGCCGAAGAAGCGACAGCGGAGCCGAUAUUCCCGAUGGAUAAUCCGGACAUGGUACCACCCGUUGUUCCUGUUCCUAUACCGCCAGCUCAUGGACCGGGAUAUAAACGUACACCUCACGAUGUUCCAAGGCCUAGGUCUCCAUUUAAGCUUGAUAAGGCUAGAACACCCAGGUCACCGUCCCCUGAGAGUCUGUUGACCAAUAUUAUUACGAAUCCAGAUCCAAGGUAUGCUAAUCCUCAAGGAGGUGCAACUACUGCUGCUGAGAGUUCUGGAUGGAAUAUAAGAAGAAGAAGUACUGCAGCCGCCGGUCCUAGCAGGAGUGGUUCUGGUGACACUACUAGUACUAGUGAACUAUUCGACAUUACGAACCCAACACAUGUUCUAGCACGGCGCAUGCGAUCGAUGAAGAAUCCAAAGUUUGAUAGCACAUGGGGAGGAUCCGGAAGGACCACUGGGAAUCUAUGGGAUACAUUAGAUCCAUACCCACCAAGCGGACAUUACCACCAUAUCACGCCCCAACAAGAACCAGAACCAUACAGAGGAUCCGAUGCGGAACUUGAAAGGUUUUUAAGAAGCUUUUGUGGAACGACGGUUAAAACCCCCCCACCGGGGAGUAAAAAUGUUUUGGGAUAUAUGAUGGCAAAAGUCAACCCAGUUCUUAAAGGAUGGUUUGCGAUAUGGCAGGUUAAUUUAGUAGGGAAAUGGGUGUUGAAGCAUCAAUGGGCUGGAUGCUGGAUUGGAUUGGAUAGGAAGAAAGGGUGGUAUAGAAUACCAAUGGAGGAUCAUAAGGGACCUGGAACUACAACUACUGGUGGGCGAUGGCCUGGGGUCGAAUGCCUUGGUGGAGAAGGGAUUCGAGAUACCGUGGCAGGGAGGAUUAGGUUUUGGGGGGAAUAUUUUGAAACGAUUAGAAAGAGAGAGUUGAGGGAGAGGGUUGAGGCUGAUAAGGACGUGGAUAAAGGGUUGAAAGAGGAGAAUGAGAGGGCUAAAAGGAGCGCGGGAAUUAGAAGGAUGAAAGAAGAGGCGCUGAAGAGGAGAGGCAUUGAUAAAGGCCAUGGUGGAGGUGGGGAGAAUAGUAGUGAUGAUGACGAGAACAAUGAUGAUGAUCGUAAAGGUGGUGGUGGGGUUGGUCAAGUGGCUCAAGGUAGUUCGAGUGGACCACGAACAGAUGAGAGGGUUGAUGAGAGGGCCGAAACUAAUGUUACGGCAUCGGAGGAGGUAGGGGGGGCAGGUGGGCAGGAGACUGGGGUGUCAACUCAAGCAUUCACUCAGGCACCGACUGCAGCAGCUACUCCAUCGGCUCAGGGAUCGACUGAGGUACCAACCGAAGUACCAACCGAAGCACCGAUUGCGGCAGCGACUGAGGUAUCUACUCCGUCUACUCAGGCAGCGGCUCGAGCACCCACUCCCGCAACGGCCCAGGCAUCCACCGAGGCAUCAACUGAAGCAUCGGCGACAGCAUCGCCCCAAUCAUGGUCCCAAUCAUGGUUCCAAGCAUCGCCUGCGACACCGACUCAAGAACUGACCCAACCAUGGGCCCAAGCAUUUACCGAGGCAUCAAGUCCUGGGGAUGAAGCUACAAGAGAAAGGUCUGAAACGACUCCUAGAGCGCCAGGGAGCUGGGAGGCACCGACCGAGGCCUCCAGACAUAGAGAAGAGAGCAUAAAGAAAGAGUCUGGAACUGGGAGUUCGAAGGGGAAAGCGAAACCUGAUUAUUGGGAUCUUGCGAAAAAGAAGAUUAGAGGCACUUCGUUUUCAUCUGCUGGUUCCGCUGGUUCUCCAUCGGCUCCCACUAGCCCUACAACGGCUGAAGGUCCAUCUUCGCCGAAGAGUUCGAGAGGGAAAGAAGUUGUGAAGAAGUGGAGUUUUGGGACUGUGAGGGGGAAGGAUAAGAAUAAAGAUAAAGAUAAGGAUGGGGAUAAGGAUAAAGACAAGAAGGAUAAGGAGAAGGAUAAGGAGUAA